UUUGUACAGAAACGACAAAUAUGUAUUUUUCUGUGAAAACACAGUAUAUGUACGUGAAUUAUAAAAAACUGUUGUGGCAAAGUCUUUUAAAUCAAUAAAACUGAUAUGUUAAAAUGUUAUAAAGCUUGUUUAAUCGGAAACUUUUUCCGAUUAAACAAGUCGGUAUUGUAAUGGUAUAGCACUACCCAGUUAUAGAUGGUAACAUUAGUUGAAAAUUUGACAUUUGCUUCGCUCAAUAAAUUUAGUCGCCGGGUUUAAAAAAUAGAUUAGAUAUACCUAUAUUACUGUAUUUGGUUUUAUGAAGAACAUCAAAUCUUGAUUUUCAAUUAAUAGAGACUUAUAACCUGACAAGUAAUCGCAUUUGCAUUUUUAUCUUAGUAAAGAAAUAAUGGAUGCCUUAUGGAAUAUGAUGGAAGAAAUUUGUGCUAAGAGAUUUGAUAAAGGCUCAAUUCAUUGGGUUGAUGUCACGUAUAUCGAAGAUCCUUUCAACUUUUAUGUCCGGCCUACCUCUUAUAGGAAGUACCUGCAGGAAUUGGAGGCUUAUAAACCGCAUUCAAUAGAUCAAACAGAAGCGGUAUUGGGCACGACUGUUAUUUAUAAAUCAAAAGUAAUAAAAAGUUUUAUUCGAGGAAAAAUAUUAAGCAUAGAACCGAGCAAUACAUUUGAAAUACAAUCGCUGGAUUUUGGUUGUGUAGACAAAUCUGUACCAUUGACUGAGAUGUUUAAACCUUUGUUCAAUUCCAAUCAUGUAGGAGCCUCGGUUUUAUCCUGCAAAUUGGCCUACUGUUAUCCAAUUGGCGGAGUUUGGAAUAAGCAAUCUAUUGACGCUAUGAAAGACUAUGUUGGUGAGGAGAGAGCUCAAAUAAAGAUUAUGGAAAAUAACCGAGACAAAUAUGUUGUGGAGCUAGUGAACUCCUGUCCUGAUGAUAUUGCUAUGAUGCUCAUAAAAACUGAUUAUGCAAGUUUUGGAUUUGAUGUACAGAAAGUUAGCCCACUGACAAGCAACGCUGAUUAUGGACGUUUCGGAUUAAAUAUACAGAAAGCUAACCCACAAACAAGCAAAACUGAUUAGGCUACUUUUGGAUUUGAUGCGCAGAAAGUUAGUCCACCAACAAGCAAAACUGAUAAUGCCAGUUUUGGAUUUGAUGUACAGAAAGUUAAUCCGUUGAAAAGUAAAUCUGAUUAUGCAAGUUUUAGAUUUGAUACAAAGGAAGUUAACUUGCUGACAAACAAAACUGAUAAUACUUGUUUUGGAUUUGAUGUACAGAAAGUUAACCCGUUGAUGAGCAAAUCUGAUUAUGCAAGUUUUAGAUUUGAUGUAAAGAAAGUUAACCUGCUAACAAGCAAAACUGAUAAUGCCUGUUUUGGUUUUGAUCUACAAAAAGUUGAAGGGAAACAAAGAAAGAAAUAAACUUACAUUGAC